AUGGAGAACUUUUUAUGGAGUAUCGGCCUUAUAUUUAAGCCUUAACUUGGAUAUUACAGACAAAUUGUAACAAAAGUAAAUUCUCUUGUGACUACUAUUGAUGAUAUUUAUGAUGUAUAUGGUACUUUUGAUGAACUGGAGCUAUUUACAGAUAUUCUUAAGAGAUGGGACAUUGAUGCACUUGACCAGCUCCCGAAGUACAUGCAAAUAUAUUUUCUCGGCCUCUAUAACUCUAUAAACGAAAUGUCCUUUCAUAUUCUUAAAGAAUAUGGAAUUAAUGUCAUUCCUCAUCUAAGAGAAGCAGUAAAAUUAUGCGAAGCAUAUUUAUUGGAGGCCAAGUGGUAUUAUAGUAAAUACAGCCCAAGCCUAGAAGACUACAUGGAAAAUGCAUGGAUUUCAGUAGGAGGAGCAAUUGUACUGAAGCAUGUUUACAUUCUCACAAACGCUAUAAACAAUAAACCAUUAGAUUGCUUGAAUGAAUAUCAUGAUCUUAUUCGUUGGUCCUCAACAAUUGUGCGUCUCGUAGACGAUCUUGCGACAUCUUCCGAAGAGCUUAAAGGAGAUGUUUCAAAGGCAGUCCAAUGUUACAUGCAAGAAACUGGAGCAUCAGAGGAAGAUGCUCGUCAACAUAUCCGAUAUCUGCUUGAGGAAAUGUGGAAAAAGAUAAAUACACAUAUAAUCACAUAUUCUCUCUCACACUCUGAAAUGUAUAGCGUUGCUGCAAUGGAUCUUGCAAGGAUAGCCCUGUGCAUAUAUAGGCUCGGAGAUUCUAAUGGAGAUGGAUAUGGUGUUCAACAUUAUGUAUCAUCACUACUUGUUCAUCCCAUUUACCAUAUGCAGUGA